UCUGACAUUAAUAUUGUUUUCCAAUGGAGAAUGGCCUCUAAGAUCAGGGACAUCAACAAGAAGUUGAAUAAGAUCAAUAAAGAGGCCAGUGAUUUUCGGCUGGUCAGAAAUCAGGGGAAAACUUUCCCCCUUCUACUACUGCUAAAGUCACACUAAAUAGAGAGACGGACUCUGUUGUUGGCCAUAAUGUUGUAGGAAGAGCUAAGGAUGAAACAAGUCUAGUCGAGACCUUGCUAAGCUUGUCAGAAAAAGCAGUUUCUGUAAUUCCCAUCCUUGGGAUGGGCGGAUUGGGAAAGACAACUUUAGCUCAAUCUGUUUACAACAAUCGUCAAGUUGAUAGCCAUUUUGAGAAAAAAAUUUGGGUUUGUGUGUCUGACGAUUUUGAAGUGACCAGGCUUUUCAAAAUGAUUUUAGAAUCACUCAAGAGAAGAAAUGUUGAAAUGACCAGUAGGGAUGUCAUCGUCAAGAAAAUUCAAAAAAAACUUAUGGGAAAAAAAUAUCUUCUUGUUCUUGAUGAUGUCUGGACCGAAAGCCAUAUCUUGUGGGAUGAUUUUUUACAUUCGUUACUGGGGUUGAAUGCAACUAAUGGAAAUUGGUGUAUUGUGACUACUCGUAAACAACAAACUGCAUCCAUUGUGGCCACACAUGAUUCUUAUGUGCUAGGAAAGCUAUCUGAUGACGAUUGUUGGUCUAUCCUAACAGAGAAAGCCAUUGCAGAUGGAGAAAUUCCCGAACAAUUGCAUGUCAUGAAAAAGGAAAUUAUAAAAAAAUGUUGUGGUCUACCACUAGCUGCAAGUGUAAUGGGAGGUUUAUUGCGCAUGAAGGGAAAGGAGGAGUGGCAAUUGAUUUUGAAGAAUAAGCUUUCAAUUUUGAGUGGAGAUGAAGAUGGUGUCAUGGAGAUACUUAACUUGAGUUUUGAUUGUUUACCAUCUCCAUCCAUUAAGAAAUGUUUUGCAUAUUGUUCUAUAUUUCCCAAGGAUACUGGGGUAGAAAGGAAUAUGCUUAUCGAACUUUGGAUGGCAGAAGGCUUCCUCCAAGCAGAUGUCAACAGCCAAAUGAUGAUGGAGGAAAUUGGAAUGAAUUAUUUGAGAAUUUUAUUGCAGAGUUCAUUGUUUGAAGAAACAAAUGCUCGGGGAACAUAUUAUAAGAUGCAUGAUCUAGUGCACGACCUUGCAGAAUCAGUGUCAAAGUCUACUAAAGUCAUUAACUCAGAGACUCGAUUAGUAGACAACAGUAAUCAAGUUCGUUACCUUGCAAUAGAUUCAUUUGGAGAACACACAGUGAAACUUCUUGAAAGUCUAUCAACUUCGCUUCAUACAUUGUUUAUAAGGAAUAGCUUGUUCGGUGAUCACGUGUUACAGAAAUGGUAUGUUAACUUAUUUGGUGGUGGUAUGUUAAAGAAAUUGAAGAACUUGUAUGUUUUGAAUUUGUAUUGUGCCCAAAAUAAGGAGCUACUGAUCACAAUUGACAAACUGAUACAUUUGCGAUAUAUUGAACUUUUUGGUUUCUGUGGUAAAAGUUUGCCAAAAUCUGUUUGUAAACUUUAUAAUUUGCAGACACUGAGGCUAAGUGAAUGCAGUGAUCUAAAAGAAUUUCCAAAGAGGAUGUGCAAUUUGAUUAACUUGAGACAUCUCCACUAUUACAAUCCUGAUGAAAAAUUUCAAAUGCCACUGAAUAUGGGACGAUUGACUUGCCUUCAGAUGCUAGAGUUCUUUAACGUGGGUCAAGAGAAGGGUCGACAAAUUGGAGAGCUUGGAUGCUUGAAAAACCUCAAAGGCAGAUUGGUGAUACGCAAUCUUCAACUAGUAAAGGGUAAAGAAGGAGGUGAGGAAGCAAAUCUAUCUGAAAAGACAAAUCUAUUCAGCUUACGACUUGAGUGGGGCCGGGAUCGAGAAGGCGACAACUACGGCGAAGAAGAUGUGUUAGACGGCCUUAGACCUCACCCAAAUUUGGAGGAGUUGGCAAUUUCAGGCUUUAUGGGCGAUCAAUUUCCUCAAUGGAUAAUGGUUUUGCCAACAACACUCCCCAAGUUAGUGAGUUUGGAAUUUAAUUACUGCGCUAGAUGCAGAGAACUCCUUCCCUUGCAAAACUUUACGUCUCUUAAGGAGCUGGUGAUUUAUGAUUGCAGUGGGUUGACAGAUCUGUUCGGUGACAUACUACACUCUUGCACCUCUCUCCAAAGGCUUAGUGUGAGUUGUUCCAAGAAUCUUAUCUCCUUUCCAAUUGAUUUGCAACAAACGCCUUCUCUUUUGGAGCUGGAAUUAUACCGGUGUCCCGAACUGAAAACAAGUAUGACGCCUAAAGGAUUGGUUUCCUAACCAGCUUAAACUGCCUUGUAAUUGGUCCCUUCUCAGAUGAUAAUGAUCAUGAAAAUUCUUCAAUUUACAAUGAAUUUGAUUGGUCUGGUUUGAUAUCCUCCUCCUAUUCAUCAUCAACACUUCGUGAAGUAAAAUUAUAUGGGUUGCCACACAUGGAUUCGCUGCCAUUUCUGCUCCAAUACUUGACCAUCCUCAGAUCACUAUCGCUACAUGACUUUGGAGGUAUAGAAGCUCUACCAGAUUGGCUCGGAAACUUUACAGCUCUUGAGUACCUGCAUUUUUCUGAUUUCAAAAAGCUUCGACAUUUACCCUCUGACGAUGCCAUGAGACGCCUCACCAAAUUAAAGCAUUUGUGGGUUUUUUGUUCUCCUCUCUUAAAAGAAAGAUGCACUCCUCAGAGUAGUGGCCCUGACUCCCUGUGGUCCAAGGUUUCUCAUAUUCAAUACCUAGACAUCAGUGGUUAACAGUUCAUCUUCAAAUCUGGUUAACAGUUCAUCUUCAAAUCAAAUUCUAUCAUGCUCAAAUCUCCAUUGGCUAUUAAUUACUCAUUGAAUUGCAUAGCCAGUAUCUUGGACGGAAAUGUUAUGAUGACACUCUUUUCUUCCGUAUUGCUGCCUCAGAUAGCCAACACCUGAUAUCCUUAUCGUCGGAGUUUGCACACUAUCAAUCUGCUGUUUCAGUCACGAGAUCUAGCAAAAGUUUUCGGUCAGUGUUUUUGAUUGCUUAAGACUAUCAGCUGGCCUGUGCGAGCUGCUUGGAAAAAAAUCUUGCCCCAAAUUAUCGGAUGUUUUUGGGGAGCCAUCAUCACCAGGAGUUUCUGAUGAUCCUUAUUUACAGUUUGAUGAUCAUUACUAGAGAAACAGAUUGACCAUUAGAGGUUUUGCUAACUUUCAAGAAUUAUCCGCAGUGAUGGGAUUCGACUCAACGUUCCCUGGUUAUGAUCUCUCAGCAAGAGGACACCGGUCAAUCGACAAAUUCUCUCUGCCCCUUGAUUUUAAAUUGGUAUUGGCAAAGGGACUGUGUAUUAGGCUCAAAUCUCCUCGGAGACUUCGGUGGCUUAAUUACUUCAAUACCUGUCAAUAUCCUGUUAUUCCUUCUUCAACCACACCAUUUUCAAACUGGUGACAACUGUAGAGAAUGCACUCUCUUUUGCUUCUAAGUGACUGAGAUGGACAAAGUUUGAGAUCAACGUUGUGAAUGUUGUGCCGUCAAACUGUCGGUCAUGAUAUGAGUUGCAGAAAAUUGUCAGUCUGUCUUGUGACUACUUAUCGUCUGUUAGUUGGCCUCCACAAGCUGCUUACCACUCUUCUUGAAGUUGUAUCUUAGCUCCAUUACAUACAACCUGAUUUUUCCAUGAAGACAAUGGUCAAUCAAGGAGUUUUCACAGCUUUUGGUUAAAACUUCGGCAUUUGGUUCACAAUUCUGGUAAUUUUAGAUACACGUCACUGCUCAAUCUUGACUGUUAAUCGCUUUGAUUUUUAAUAUGCUACAUGUAAAACAAAAGAAAAAGUCAUUGUGAAGAUAUUGUUGAGGUAGCCAAGGAAGAUUUACCGUUCAUGCAAUGAAGUUGCACAAAAACUUGGUGGAG